UCCAGAGUAACUAUAUACACUGAGCUGUAAAGAAACAUGUGUGCACAUAACAUUUAUGCUGCAUAUAUUAGUUUGCAUGUUUGUGUAGAAUAAGGCCAAGAUUUUUCGACAUGUUUACAUUUUCUGAAUUAGGAAUGUUUUAUAUAUGCUCAUUCUCAUUGUUUUGAUCCACACAGUUGUAUUUGUAUCAGUGGACUUUGACUAGUAUGCUUCUAUUAACCUGUACGUGUAACAACUGAAAUAUACCCAAUAUCUGCACCUGCACUAUCACGAACUAUCAGAGAAGAGGCUAGCAGGAAGUAGAAGGCCUCAAUGGUUGUAUUUAUUGUCUAAUUACAUACAACUUCCAAAUAAGCUGUGUUGUCACGUAUAGGCCUACACAAUAAUAAUACAACACUAAUAGAAAGAAAGAAAGAAAGAAAGAAAGAAAGAAAGAAAGAAAGAAAGAAAGAAAGAAAAGUGUAUUCUUGAUAUGAUAAAAUAACAUUUCAGAAACGCCAGUUGGGGUGUGCCAAUUCACAUUGCCCAUUAUAUAUGCACUAAUGGACAUUGCAUGCAUCUCGUGGAGAAUAUGUCAUGUUUAUGAAAAUGUUAUUCGUUCUGUAUAACCACAGUGUGAGGGGUAAUGCUUUGAUGAGACUUUCAGAGUAUUUUUUUAUGAACACAUUGGGACUAUAAACGUUAGAGCAGUAUUUACAUAUUUGAGAUGCUAUUCAGUAAUUCAUAAUUCAUCAUUUUGUGUCGUUGACAGAGUGACAAUAAAAUACAUAAAUGUUCUUUUUUAAUGCUGGACAAGAGGUGUAUGACUAUAACGAAGGUCACAGCGGAGUGAAUCAGCUUGGCGGAGUGUUCGUCAACGGCAGACCCCUGCCCGACACCACCAGACAGAAAAUAGUCGAGCUUGCUCACAGUGGCGCGCGGCCGUGCGAUAUAUCCAGGAUUCUGCAGACCCAUGGUGAUGCAAAAGUUCAAGUGCUGGACAAUGAAAACGUGUCAAACGGCUGUGUGAGUAAGAUUCUGGGCAGAUACUAUGAAACCGGCUCCAUCAGACCAAGGGCGAUCGGGGGUAGCAAACCAAGAGUAGCAACUCCCGAGGUGGUCGGAAAAAUUGCAGUAUACAAGAGGGAGUGCCCGUCAAUCUUCGCGUGGGAAAUUCGUGACAGACUGCUAUCCGAGGGGGUCUGCACAAACGAUAAUAUACCCAGUGUAAGUUCAUUGAGUGUUUCGUCGAUAAACAGAGUACUGCGCAACCUGGCUAGCGAAAAGCAACAGAUGGGCGCAGAUGGCAUGUAUGACAAGUUGAGAAUGCUGAACGGUCAGACUGGGACGUGGGGGACCCGCCCGGGCUGGUACCCCGGAACCUCAGUGCCAGGACAGCCCAACCCAGAUGGUUGUCCACAGUCAGACGGUGGAGGUGAGAACACUAACUCAAUAAGUUCGAAUGGAGAAGACUCGGAUGAGACCCAAAUGAGACUUCAGCUGAAAAGAAAAUUGCAGAGGAACCGCACUUCGUUCACACAAGAACAGAUAGAAGCGCUUGAGAAAGAGUUUGAAAGAACUCACUAUCCAGAUGUUUUCGCAAGGGAAAGACUUGCUGCAAAAAUUGACCUCCCAGAGGCCAGAAUACAGGUGUGGUUUUCAAAUAGAAGGGCAAAGUGGAGGAGGGAGGAGAAACUACGGAAUCAAAGACGACAAGCCAGUAACUCUUCCAGUCACAUCCCUAUCAGCAGCAGUUUCAGCACCAGUGUCUACCAGCCCAUCCCACAGACCACAGCACCAGGUUGGAUGUCGUUCUCAUCAGGAUCCAUGUUGGGAAGACCAGACACAGCCCUUACAAACACAUACAGUGCCCUGCCACCUAUGCCAAGCUUCACCAUGGCCAACAACCUGCCUAUGCAAGCCCCUGUGUCCAGCCAGACCUCCUAUUCCUGCAUGCUGCCCACCAGUCCCUCAGUCAACGGACGGAGCUACGACACGUACACCCCUCCUCAUAUGCAGGCACAUAUGAACAGCCAAUCAAUGGCUGGUUCAGGAGGCAACUCAACAGGUCUCAUCUCUCCUGGAGUAUCUGUUCCUGUUCAAGUCCCAGGCAGUGAUGCAGACAUGUCCCAGUACUGGCCCAGGCUACAGUAAAGACUUUCAACGUGUGACUCCUUGGAUAUUGUCUGUCCGGCAGUAUUUUAUUACAGACCUGAGAAAAUACUCUAAAAGAGACUAUUUUGUACUGGGAUUGGGCCAUUCUCUAUCAUUCUUUGGCCACAAAGACUUGAAGAAGAAAAAAAGAGAAAGGACUUCUGUAAAGUGCCCGGUGUAACAUCGUAAAUGGGGGGAAAAAACUAGCUGUUUUCAUCAGUUUCCAACUUAUGUCAUUUUUGGUGUAUUUGUAUAUGGCCAGUUGUAUGUCAUGAUGAAAAAAUAACAACGUGGAUGGACAGUGAAACUGAGUUGGUCCUUGCUUCUGCUGAAAAGAAGAUCAUUUGUGAAGAAUUUUCUUCCAUGAAUAAUUUUUAUCAAUGUAUAUCAAGAAGCUCUCCCAGUCUGUGUGCAGAAUGUGGACUCUGGUGAAACAAGUUUGUAUCAUUCCAGGUACCAGUUGGGUAUGAGACACCUGUUUCUCUAUUCUUUUCUUUUCAAAAGCUUGCUGGCAGAAACAUUGUAAAUGGAAAGCAUUAACCGCUGAAAUUGAGUUUUGGUAGCUAAAAACGGUAGAUUGUGUCUUCGAUAUAAUUCAGUUUGUUAUGUCGAAAUGUAAGUAUUUGUCUUCCCUAGCAGUCUCCCGGAACAAUUUCUAUAAUAAAGUUAAUUUCAUUUAUA